UUUUGUUUUUGCGGGUACAUUGUUGGCAUCAUUGCUCGUGUGCAGAAAACAUUAAAAUUCUGUCUGCCCCUCGUAAGUUUGCCAAAAGAAGUAACGCACGCCAACAGGGGGAAUAGCAAAGAAUUCAAACGAAAUGAAAAUGGAAUGAAUGUGAGUGGAUUCCCCAAUAAAUGGGUGAAUGUGAAAAAGUAUUAAUAAUAAAAAUGAACGCAUAUUAGUCGGUAAUUCGCGUGGUCGCGUAGUGUUGAUAAGUUGUCGAACGUAAAAUUCCUGCUAAAAUUAUUGUUAUUUAUCCUCUGAUCCUCCGAUGGACAGCUGGACAGCUGAAGUUUUGUGGAAUGGUGUGAAGUGCAAAAUCGGUGCGGAAGUGUUUGUGCUACGAAAUUAAAUUGGCAGAUAAAUGCCCACCAGCUACAAUUGAAUUCUUUUGAUACAAAAACAACAACAACAUCAGCAUCAGCAGCAGCAACUUUAACUAAGGACAAGAAAUUCAAUGUGUCAUGUGAUAUGUGCUUCUUUAUUCCCUCGUGGACCUUUGGUAAAUAGUCAACACAAUAGCAUUAAAACAAACACCACUUUUCGGAAAGUGGUGCGGUAUCCAUAAUAGUUUUUAAAAAAAAUUCAAUGCACACAAUAAGUGUGUGAAAAUGUUAUAGCCAUGUAAAAAGUAACAGUAAAAAAAAAAAUAAAAAUCAGAAAUCAAAUGUAAAUUUUAUAAAUUGAAAAUCCUCAAAAUAUCUGUGAAUGAAUGUAGAAAAGUUAAGUGACAAAAUAGAAAUCCAAGUGAAAUAUAAAAAAACGAAAAAAAAUCAGAAGAAAAAAACACAAGAUAUCACAUAAAAUAAAAUAUCCUCAAUAAGCAACCAUGAACUUUGAUAAAAUCGUAUCCUACUCUUUUUUCUCCUCACCUCAACCCACGCAUAAGUAGUUACCACGUGUGUGUAGUAGUUUAAUCCAAGUAAUUACUAAAAGUAAAUAUAUAUUUAAUCGAACCACCAGACUUUCGACCCACUCUCCCUCCGCCUCGCGUCUUCACAGUGUACAUUAAACGCAACGCUACAAAUCAUACUUCUCCCGCACUACUACCUUACUUUUUUACCAUAACACAAAGCAACAAAAAUAUAUCGCUCUUAGAUUUAAUGAAAAUUCAAUAUCAAUCAGCACUCUACACUCGAGAAUAAUUACGAUUUAUUACAAUUGUCGAAAAGCAAAAAACAGAAAAACGAAUUCGGUUUGGGUCAAAAAUCAAACAAAUCUUCGUUAACUGUCAACCAGAAAGGGAACAGCGAGCAAUAGGAAAAUUCAAUUGGAAGGUCUCAACUAUCAUGUCUCAUGUUUUCCAAAGAUUUGCCUGUUACAUCACAUAGCGGAAAGUCAAUGGACAAUCUAAGAUUGCAGGCCAACUAAACAUCUGUGUGGACUCGUUAAAUCAAGUGUAUCCACAUAGAGGAGAAUUUUUACUGUAGUCCAAUAGGAAUCAUCACAUCCAUUAACUUCAAGACCGGUCACUUUUGAAAAUCUAAAAUGAACUUCACAACUUUAUAUUGUAACUCUCGAUCUAAAAAUUCACCUUAGAUCUGAAACAAUCACAACCUCGCUUAUACAGGUAUACGAAGACAUCAUCGAAAGCAAUUUUCAACGCACAACUUCACAGCAAUAUUUUUCUACGUAUCAUAUUGUAAAAGGUAAAUAGAGGCUUCAUAUUCUUGCUCGUGUGGAGGAUCAUUCGGAAUCUGUCAGAGAUUGUAAGGACAAAACUGCAUGACUGCCAGCGAAGCAAGGCAAGGCAAUGUGUAACCAUGGGUACUCGGGUUGUGUCGAAAGGAGGAAACUGCUUGUUAAGGACCUUAGCUCUCUCUCUAUCUCCCAGCCGAUGUAUUGGCUGGUACUCUCGCUCCCUCGUUCGCUCGCUGCCAGUGUUCAAGCAUUCAGUCUGCCAGUCAGUCAGUAUACAUGAUUUGUUUAGCAAUGGCAGUAAGCAGUCAUACAUACAUCUCGGAGCUAAGUAAACCUGAAAUUCGACUAACCCAUUACAGUUCAAGAAACGCGCGCGUUCUUUGCACACAACUCGACGUUUUACACAAAAAAUAAGAAGAAAAAAAAAUCAUGAAAAAAAUAAGAAACAAAUGAAAAAAUAACAAAAGCGACAACAACAACACCAGCCAUCAUACUAGCUAACAGUGAAGUUUAAGAAGAAAUAUCAUUUAAAAAAAAUCGCUCGCCUUUGCCAAUAUUGAAAAUAAGCAAUUUCGCUAAAACAAAACAAGAAAAUUAACAAAAAAUAAGGAAAAGAAGCAACAACAAAAAAAAAUGAAUAAAGAAGUUAAGAAUUUAUUUUUAAUUAAGAAAAAAAUACGUUAACGACAACUGUGAUCUCAUUUUAAAAAACACAACACAAUAUAAAAUAACGAAGCAAUCGACAACAAAGAAAACAAACGAACAACAUCAAAACUGUCCGUCUGUCGUCUGCUCAAGGAAGCAAAGAUGACAGAUUAUUUAAAAUUGGCUGAAAUGCAACGCACCAAUAUCGAAAUUGAACGUCAGCGACAUUUGGCAAAUUGGUUAAUCAAAAGCAGUCCUCACAUGGCAACACCACCGCAAGCGGCCGUCAGCCAAAACUCCUCCUCGUCAGCAACCUCAUCAUCUAACGCAGCAGCAGCAGCAAUAACGACCGCAACUUCAUCUUUAACGCCAUCCAAUGGAGCAUCAGCCACCACCACCACAUCUGCUGCAGCGGCAGCAGCGACAACAACAUCAGCAAGUGCAAUCACACAAAAUAAUUUAAACAGUUCGAGUCAUACAGCGGCAGCUAACAAUCCCCCAUCGUCUGCGAAUUGCUUUCACGCCUCAUAUCCUGCGCAUCCACACCUCUACAGCUCGAAGAUUGGUGGUAGUAGCUCCGCUUGUGUGAGUACCACCAAUAACUCGGCAACCAAUCCUGUUUUCUAUUUAAUGGCCAAUAACGGUAAUAAUGGUGCAGCUGCGAGUGCAGGUGGUAGUGCGGUGGGGGCCAUCAGUGCAUCGAAUAUGACGAACAGCAGUAAACUGACCAAUGGUGCUUACAAAGGACCUCAUCACCCCGCCGGCCAGUUGCCACGAUCCCAGCAUGGCCUUCAUCAUUUGGCCGAAGGCCGAAAGGCCAAACUAAGGCGCUUUAAUUCUCAUGACACCAGCUCAAAUAUGUUUUCGGUGGCAGAUUUUGAAUACGCCCGCUUGGCAAGGCGUAAUGAGAUAGAGCUGAAGCAAAGAAUGCAGCGCCGGGCGCGACAUGGUUAUGGAGGCAGUGGUGCUGGAUUAUCGGCGGGCACGGGAGGCCAAAAUUCACAAAUGGCCAAUGCAAGUGGUGAUUAUUCAACGGGUGAUAGCAAAGCAUCUAAAAAUAGUAACGAGUCUCAAAAUGAUCCCUUACCCGUGGAGGAAUUCCUAGAGCGGUACUCCUUGCCGCGAGUGGUGCGAAUUUCAUAUAAAACUCCUUUCUCCAAUGAAACCUUACAGUCCUCAUCGUCGAAUAACUCAUCGACCAUAACAUCCAACUCUUCGGCCAGUGGCGAGGGCAAAGCCGUCGCCUUAUCAUCGGGUGCUAACACAGAAGCAAAUAUCAUUAGUUCUAAUUCAAAUAGCAAUACAGGAACGUCGUCCUCGUCGACGGCAUCUUCGGGUGUUGGGGGCAACAACAGCAACACCAUCACACAGACAUUAGGAAGUAACAGUAGCAGCAGCAAUACGAGUGCCUCAAAAACAGCGGCAAAUGAGACAAAUCAAAAUGCAGCCAACAAUCCAAGCCACCAGAAUAACGAUGACCAUGAACAGGGUGAACUUUUUCUACUAUACCGACUGGUGCGCCAGCGGAAUAUCUUUCAUGGUCACAAUACAAAAACCACAGCAGCCAGUCGUAAGAAAGGAGUUAUGAUUCCCCAAGAGUUUCCCGGCUACUUUUCCCUGCUCAAUGAUAAGGGAAUGCCAACGGCCACUUUGUACACAUCACUGGUGCAGUUGGUGCGAGAGCGUGUUUGUAAAUUUGUCUCUGUCGAUAAUAUGCCGGCUUUUAUGGAAUCUCAACCGAACAAUGGCAGAAGCGACAACUCACCCACGGAGGGUUGCUUAAACAUUUAUUCCUCUAAUAGCAACAACAAUCACAAUAGGCCGCAUUAUGUGAAGACCACUGCUCGCGGGGGUCAGGUCUUUAAGCUAUUGGCUGUCUACGAGGAUGGCAAGCAGGAGCAUAGCAGUACGCUUACACCCACCAUAUCUUGUGGGGGUCUUGGCGCAUCCAAGCAGAACUCCAAUCAUGGUAGGGAGAAGGAGAGGAAUCGCUAUGCCCAACUUCUCAAUGAACAGAGGCAAACGCUCUAUGUGUCCCUGGGCACCAAGGGCAAGUUCUAUGAAAUUGAACCAGGCAUACCACAGAUUUUACAGAAGCGCUUGGAAAUGUCCAGCGAUGGAUUCCAACGAAAGCUCAAUGCUGACUGUGUCCAUAGGAUAACGGCUUUGGUAACACCAGCCAAAGAGUUGCCAGUGACCUUGAAGUACAUCUCUGGGCCCAAUGGCUGCACCAAUGCCAUACCCGAGAAUAUUUCCAUUACUCGCAUAAGCACGGAGAACAUCAUCAUAGCAUGUCCCAUUGAGGAUGUCGAAAUCCAAAGUCCCCUGCACUUGCGCAAACUUCAUUUAACCAAAGAGAUGAAUUUGGUCAAGAAUACUCUGGGGUUCGAGAACGAGCAGCGUAUGUUGGCCAAUCCCAAUGUGCAGAAUAUUUUGAAGUUUUGUCAAUUCAACUGUGAUCAAUUUUUGAAAAUGGUAGAGGUUGAGGUAUUGCAGCGUUCUGAAAGAUCCACCUCCAAGUCUCGGGUGGAGGGCUUGAAAAUACUUAAGCCCUUGCACUUGCCCAAGCUGCUGAGAAGGGAGAAGACCACCAUACCGGCCCAUGAAAAAGAGGACUCCAUCAUAUUCCUGAGCAAGUCUGAUUUGGCCAAUAUGGAGAAUAAGGAACAGCAGUCACUGGAUGACCAUGCCAAUCGCAUAACGGACAAAAUGAAAGUAUUCCAAUCGACGAAGAAGAAAUGGUUCCGCAAACAGGACAAAAAUGCAGGAAAAUCUUUGACCUCCAUAGACAUCGAUGUACAUGCCAAGAAAAUGAGCAUGGAGCGGUAUUCGGACAUGUCCAAACUACUGCAGGAACGCUUUGGGGACAAGUCUCUGGAACAGGAAUGCUCUGAGCCCAGUGGCUGCCAAUCGGAUAUUGGGUGUUCUGACACAGAGACGACCAUGCUUACCACCAUCGAUGAACAUUUGAAGAAGUUUGGCCGCUCUCAGAUGAGUGGACCCCCUAUUUUGCAGAAAUCGAUGUCCUUGCAAGACAUUGAGCUCAUUGGAAGACAAUCUCGUAAGCCAGAUCUAUUAGCAUCACAUCACACCACCGAUACCAUAUCGGAGUCCGGCACCGACACAGAGGACCUGGAGAAUCGCGAACCCCUGCAGAGCUCUUUCAUUACCGAAAAGCUGUACAACGAGUUUCAUGUAAAGACCAAACAGUAUAGCAAGUCUUCUUCCAGUCUACACCAGCUGUUGAACUUCUCUCUACCCCAAAAGCUGCACAUAGGAGAGAAUAAAAAGUCAUUGGCCCAGCUAAAGAACCAGGCUGGCGUCAAGUCGGGUGAAAAACGUCUAGAUUUCAACAUUGGCGAACCUAUCACUGGCCGCAGGGCAGCAGGUGGCCUCUCACUGCUGGGUCACAAUAUUAACUCGCAAAACACCUCCCUGAUGUCGCCUCUGAGCCCGGCCAGCUUUAUUGAGGACGAUUUGCCUUAUUCCAGCGUCAGAGACUCGCUCAUACUCUCUAGCGAUGAUGGCAGCCCUCCCGAUGUACCAGCGGGCACCAUGUGCCAGGCCCUCAACAUGCUGGACUACACCAAGGAAAAUAUUUAUGCUGAAAUUUGUCACGAAGCCAGUGCCAUGGGUGGUAUACCCUCAUCUCAGACACGUGAUACUCUAUCGGGUGCAACACAUUCCACACAGAUCUCAGACGAUUAUGGUGACUAUGCCUCCCUCAAGUAUCCCCUGCCGGCGAAUACCAAUGGACUGGGCAGUGCUAUAAGUCGUGUGCAAAUCACCUGUUCGGAAAGUCCCAUCAGCUAUCACACCGUUUACCUGGGUGAUGAACCCCUGGGAGAACGUCACUACAAUGCCGCAGUCGCAGCAACUGCUGCCGUGGAUAAGGAUAAACCCAAAGGCAAACCUCGAAGCCAGCAUCCACGUGAUAGUUCUCACAUAACAACUGUCGAUGUAGCCAGUGGCGGUGAUAUGCUGCCGCCCACCACAACAAGGGCCGCAUCAGCCUUAAACGAAAGCCCCUCCGAUUCGGGUGGCCUAGACAAUAUCUACAGUACGCUCAAAUGAUGACUAAUGUGAUUUAGUUGGAAGUUGGGGGCAUCCGUUCUGAGUGUUAUAAGCGGCAACAUGUUCUGAUACAGAAUCAAAUUGAAACAAUGAUUUACUUUUAUUUCCGAAUUGAGAUAGAAAUUUGUUUUCAACUUUGGAUUUUUGUGAACUGUGGCCGAAUGAAAAUUAUGUUGAGAGAACAUCUUUGAGAUUUCGCUUCAAUCUAUUGACUUGUGAUGAAAACUGAGAACAUUUUUGGACUUUUCACUCAUUUCUUAUAAUUUUUUUUUGUAAAGCUGAACUGAAAAAAUUUAA